CAGCAAUGUUAUCGGCGCCCUGAAACAACCCACUCAGGGGUGAUCGUCUUUGUUCAACCCUACACAGGGUCCGAACCGAAUGGGCCUGCAAAAGUCUUUGCGUCGGGACUGGCGCACGUACCGAAUACGUCCUUUCAAAAAGAGUUCAAGUUGGCGCAUAUGAAUCCCAGCGGGUCAUGCAUCUUCCUACCUAUCCACCACCCUGGGCUGGACCAAAAUCGGCCAGUAUAAUAAGACAUUGAGGAACCGGCCGAUCAGGAAUAUUUCUUACCGAUAACUUGCAAUCCAUCUCUGGUUAUUCUGCUCCGCAACUCUGAGAAUUUUGGCUCUUCAGGUCUUUCGUCGCUCAAUCGAGGUGCCUGCGUUGCUCGUGAUCUGCUAGUUGAGACGCAGUCUUCACGUCCGGCAUCAUGGAUGCCUUGGGGCAAUCUAUCCCGCACAUUCUCCUGCUUGCUUCUCGAUCUGUCAAUGGCAGUGAGCCCGGUGACAAGUCUCCCCAAGAAUUCGCAAAGGAAGGCCGGUACGACUAUGUCCCAUCAUUCGCCGCGGCGGUCGUCUUUCUCGUGUUGUACGGCGUCGCAUUGCUCAUAAACCUGGGCAUGAUGUUCUGGCACCGGUCUUGGUUUUGGUGGUCGAUGAACUUUGCGGUCGCCAUGGAGUUCGUUGGCUAUUUGACACGGGCCAUUUCCAUCAAGAAUCUCGACAGCAAGAGCGUCUUCAUCGUGCAGACUGUUAUGAUUCUUGUCGCGCCAGCCGUGAUGGCGGCCGCUUGUUACCAGUCAUUCGGCCGGGUCGUAAUGUGGGUGGUCCCUCCACGCUUUCAGUCAGCUCGCCAUCUCUGGGUACCUGCGCGCAGAAUCACUCCGGUCUUUGUAGGAUCUGAUGUCUUCAGCUUCUUUGUCCAGGUCAUUGGAGGCGCCAUGGUGGCCGGAGCAAACACAAAGUCGCACGCAAACACAGGGAAAGAUGUGGUGCUGGUUGGACUGGGUUUACAAUUGGCAUCGUUUGGCUUUUUCGUCUUCGCCACCCUGCGACUCAAUGUCCUGCUGAGGACCACGCUUCGAGACGUUUCACUCCCCAAGGAGCGCAACUGGCAGUUGUUCUUGACGGUGAUCAACGUGGCCAACAUAUUGAUUCUGAUUCGAACACUGCUUCGCUUCAUUGAAUUCGCCUUAGGCACGACGAAUUAUCUCAUCGACCACGAGUGGUUCUUCUAUGCGUUUGAUUCGGCGCUGAUGUUCCUCGUGGUGAUGCUCUUCAUUGUCGUUCACCCGGGCCAUUAUCUGCCGUAUCUAGGGAUCAGAAGAAGGGAACAGCAAUUCUCGAGAAACACAGACAAGGGGCCUUUUGCUAAGCUUUCGCGAGGCCACAUGACGAUGGAACUGUCAUAGGAUGAUUCGACGGAGGCAGCCACGACAAGACCGGUUUGGGGAACGGGGAGCAUGUGGGCGUGCCACGGAGAGGUCAUGCCGAGAUGGCGUCCUCGGUACGAGUCAGUCAAAUCUCUGCUCUUGUCCUUCUUGGGAGGACGGAGUCUUUCGCCGGACCCUGGAGGCCGGGUGUCGCUGUUGCUGGUAACGAUGAGCACCUCGAGCUAAAGUCUUGGCUCGGCAAAGAUGAACGCUGGCACGCUGGGUGGCUGCAAAGUAGCGGAUACAGGAGAGUGAAGGACGCACGUGGGUGUGGGUAAGGUGGAUAGUUGGUGUUCGGUUGUGGUCCUGUACCUGGUUGUUACUGAAAUGAUUGGGGAGCGAGGACUGGGAUUGGGUUUGAUCAGCUGUACUUGUACCUUUCGGAGUAUCCCAUCAAUUGGUUCUGCUGUACCAGUCUGUAUCUGUCAAGCGUGGGUGCACGACUGAUAAUGGCCACCCAUCGUCAUGCUAGAGUGUCGAUCAAUCACUG